GGCCGGAAGGCCCGUCUCCGCCCUGGGCCUCCCGGGGUCGAAUCCUUGCCGGAGCCGCACAAUGCGAGCUGUCCAGGCCACGUCUUGGUACCGGCGGAUGUCCGUGGUCUACGCGGUGGGCGCUUGGACCACGCUGGGCUCCAUGUUUUAUUUAGGCCGGAAAAAACGCAAGCCACCAGGUGAUGAAGUAGAGCAAAAGGAUGUCUCAAGAAAUGAAAUGCUUGAGCCCCCGAAAGGAUUUUACUUGGAAACAAUUGUCACAUAUAAAGAAGAUUUGGUUCCAGUCACUGACAAGAUCCUCAACUUUUUGAAAUCAUGGACUGGUGGCCCUGGACGGGAACCAUGAUUAGCUGCUGAAUGCCGAAAACUGGGACUUUGGUUCAGCAUAUACAUUUCAUGGAUGCCUUGAUUUCCAAUUUAUGUUUAUGAAAAGUGUAUCCAUUUAAUUUAAUUUUGCUGUAAAAUAUAAUCACUGGUAGUAUGCAAUAAAUAUUUCCUUGAGGAAAAGUCAACUUGCGUAUU